CGUACGGACGUUGACCCAGUACAGGAAGUUAUCUCUCUGUUGACAGAUAGUUGACUUUCCAUCGAUUAUCAAUCUUAUUCAUAUAAGUCCUUACGUUUUAACCUAUAUUUGUUAUUAAAUAUGUAAUAAGUCGCAACAGUUUAUAUAAGAUUACUUCUAUGCAUCUCGCUCUUUAAUACUGGCGGUGAAUCUGACAGUGGUUUUGGGGACUCGCAUCUAAAGAGUCUAACGUUAGAGAUGUCGUGCACGCUGGAUAAGGUGUUGGGCGAUGCGCGCACACUGUUGGAUCGGCUAAAGGAGCACGACACGGCCGCGGAGACGCUGAUCGAGCAGUCGAGCUUCCUCAACCAAAAGAUCCACAACAUGAAGGUGGUGGGAAACUCUCUCCCUGACAAGUACAUCGAGGAAAGCAUGCAGUAUCAGGAGCUGUCUAGAUAUAAACCUCAUGUUCUUCUGAACCAAGAAAACACCCAAAUAAAAGAUCUCCAACAGGAGAACCGAGAACUAUGGCUCUCACUGGAGGAACAUCAGUACACUCUGGAGUUAAUCAUGGGCCGAUACCGGAAACAGAUGCUUCAGAUGAUGAUGGAGAAGAAAGAGCUGGACACCAAACCUGUGCUCACCCUUCACCAGGAUCAUGCCAAGGAGGUUCAAAGCCAGCUGGAACGUAUCUUUGAAAUGGGCCAAGUUAUGCGUCAAGCUGUACAGAUGGAUGAACAACACUAUUGCUCUGUUAAAGAGAGACUGGCACAGCUUGAAAUUGAAAACAAGGAGCUUAAGGGCCUCUUGUCGAUAAGUGACACUUCUGUUAGGCAACAUAGAGAUCAAACAAACCCCUCUGAGACUGCAAGACCCAAGACCCCCGAGAAACAGAGCCUGGAGUCCUAAUAGAAGAAAUGUCUCCAGUUGAGUGUGGUUUGUAAAUUUCUUGUGUGUGUGUGUUGUGAAUCAGUUUCCAGCUCUGGUUUAACUGCCUGUUGCCCAGAGGUGUACUGUUUAAUGUUUAUUGUGGAUAUUUAAGGUGUUCAGGAAAGAUAUUCCACUACUUGAAUGUGGCUUUUAGACAUUUAAUAUCAUGCAAAUGUGCAUUAUUGGUCGAUUUCUGUCCACAAUUUUUACAAUUAGACAAUUUUAAUUUCACAUUUAAGAUUUUUAUCUCAAGGUGAUUUGUAGUCUUUAGCAGAUUUGUAGAUAGUUUUGGUGACAUAAAAUGAAUCUGUUUUGGAUAGAGCAUUUUUAUGUAGAGAUAAUUCUGUAAUAAGACUGUUGAAAAACUUAACUUCAGUAUAGUACGAAUGAGAAAAUGAAAUUCUUUAGCAGUAUUUCAUCUUUAAAGAAUGUGAUGUGGUUGUCUUGUAUGUGCAUUGACAGAUAACAUACCUGCAGUUCUGUGACCAGAAUCCACUUAUGGUUACCUCUCAAUGUUUGCCAGUCGUUUUAUUGUAAACUGUUGUCAUUUCAUCUCAGGAAAUCAAUCACAGCUGUUGUUUUUUAUUACUAAAUAUGUAAAUAAAAUAUAAAUAUUAAA